AUGAAGUUCGCAUCCCCACUGCCUGUGAGUUUACCGAAAGAGUGCGACAAGGCGACCAAAAUACUAUUAUCUUUUGUGGACGGGAGAAAUGAUGGCCUCGACGGUCUUAUCCCCCGACAAAUUCUCGAACAAGCUCACGGCUUUGCUAUAUUCACCGUAGUCAAAGCCGGCUUUCUGUUCUCUGCACGAGCGGGGAGCGGCAUCGUCAUUGCUCGAUUACACGACGGUACAUGGAGUGCUCCCAGUGCGAUCGGCACAGCUGGGAUGGGCGUAGGAGGCCAGGCGGGCGCCGAAAUGACAGACUUUCUCAUCGUCCUCAACACUCGAGCAGCCGUCAAAUCAUUCAUGUCUGCAGGGUCUCUCACUCUGGGAGGUAAUAUGAGCCUCGCGGUCGGUCCGAUUGGACGUAAUGGGGGUGCCGAUGUCGCUCUCAACACCAAGGGCAAGGUCGCUGCCAUGUACUCGUACAGCCGGACCAAGGGGCUAUUCGGCGGUAUAAGCGUGGAGGGAUCUAUUAUCGUCGAACGCCAAGACGCAAACGCUAUCGCUUACGAUGCUGAUGUUACAUCAAAACAGCUCCUCAGUGGAGUUGUUCCAACCCCACCAUGGGCUCAAACCCUCGUUCGUGCUUUGGAACGCUGCACAGGCCUGCCUACCGGCCAAAAAUGGAUUCAAGAGGAUCGGACGGGGAGCGACGUGAGCGGAGGAUACCAUUUCGGGGGUGUCGGAUCUUCCAGUAACCAGUCUAGCCCCAGAGGCGGAAUUAUUGAUCGCACCAAACGAAUGUCCGGGGUAUUUUCACCACCUUGGGGCAAAAAGAAAGAAAGCACAAGUUAUUUCCCUGAUCCAGACGACGACUAUACCAACGAGGCGCCAAGCGCUGCUACCCGGUCACCCUUUGCUUCUCCGGUCGAUCACCGCAAAUCGACCUCGGUUUCGAGUAAACCUACGGAUAGGCUCGACGGCUUUGAUACCCAUUUCGAGUCUGAUUUCGACCCGUCGCGGACGGCAGAGCCGACUCGUGUUUCAAGAGACCUUCCGCGCAAGUCGAUUGAAGAUUACGAAACACGCAUGCGCCAAAAUGCCUCCCCCUAUAGCGCAUUAAGCAACACUUCGCCUACCCAAACACAGUUUUCGGAUAUAUCAGCCCAGCAGCGAUUGGCUCUGAAUAGGAACUUUUCGUCCAAGAGCAACGGUACCGGCGGUUCGUUCUUUGGCCGAAGCAAGGAAAAUAACAACGAGAAUGGCUCGCCUAGCAAUGGUCGUCCGACCUCUACAUAUGGGGGCAUCGGGGGAUGGGGCGCCCGUUUUACAAAGAAGGAAACCGAGCGCAAAGAGGUUGAUCUAAUGACCGGCGACGACGACGAAGACCCGUUCAACUCUUUCCACGAUUCACCCACAAAGACGACGACAAACGGAAACGGACUGGCGCGAGGUAGCUUUGAUAGCGGCGGACCAUGGAGUUCGAGCGUUGCAAGCAACGGGCACGGCUCUUCGAACGGUCGAGGCUUUUACCCCGGACUUGUUGAAACUGACUUGAAUAUUGCCAACAAGGACGCCAACGUCUGGGAGGACGAUCCGUUUGGCCAGAAACCAGCUCGCCAGCCCACCCCCAAAAUUUCUACAAAACCUGGGCUUCGAGACCCCCAGGCCGAGGGCGUUGCUCGGGCAAUUGCAUUGUUUGAUUUCAUUGCUCAAGAGUCGGGCGAUUUGUCAUUUAACAAGGGAGAUAUUAUCACAGUCAUGAAAAAGACAAAUUCAACAGACGAUUGGUGGACAGGCAAACUCAAUGGAAAACAGGGCAUUUUCCCAGCCAACUUCACUGAAGUAGUGUAA